UGGUUCCCAGAAAAGCAGCUCCUGGAAGCUGCUGUGCGCUCCUCCCAGCCUCCUUCUGCUCCUCUGAUAAGGAAUGGAGCUCAGGCCCGUGGGCUGAGGGCUGAUGCCAGUCUACAAGUGCCUCACUGCCGUGAAGGUCCCUUCCAACCCCAACUAUUCCAUGACCCUGUGACUCGAUGCUCUGGAAGCUCACCCCUCUGCUGCAGGCCCAGGAGGUGGAAGACCAAGCAGACACCGCGGGGGCCCGGCGGCAUGGCGGCGACGCCUCAGGCGGCACCGGCCUGUGGCGGGGCUACGGGGCGCGAAGGGUUAAGCUCAGGCGCAUGCGCUUCCCGCCCCCCGGGUUGGCUGCUCGGAUUGGCCAGCGGCGCGCUUGCGUCAGUGCGUCCCGGCGCGCUCAAUGGCUGCGGGGCGGCGCUGGGAUGCCGCGGCGAGAGGCUGAGAUGCAUCCAGUCUUAAAGGCCUUUGUGUGUGGCUCCAUCAGUGGGACUUGCUCCACACUCCUCUUCCAACCCCUGGACCUGCUGAAAACUCGCCUGCAAACUCUGCAGCCUGCUGUGAAUGGGUCCAGCCGUGCUGGGAUGGUAACACUGCUCUUCAGGGUUGUUCGUACUGAGAGUCUUCUGGGGCUCUGGAAAGGAGUCUCUCCAUCCUUUGCAAGAUGUAUUCCUGGGGUUGGGAUUUACUUCAGCACCUUGUACAUGAUGAAGCAAAAGUUUCUAGUGGACCGGUCACCCACAGCCCUGGAGUCUGUCCUUCUGGGUGUCACUGCACGUGCAGUUUCUGGGGUUUGCAUGUUGCCAGUGACUGUAGUGAAGACCCGAUAUGAGAGUGGAAAAUUUGGCUAUGGGAGUGUAUAUGGAGCUCUGAAGAACAUCUAUCAGACGGAAGGGGUUCGUGGCAUGUUCAGCGGGCUCACUGCCACACUACUGCGGGAUGCUCCCUUCUCUGGCAUCUACCUGAUGUUCUACACACAGACCAAAAACCUCACACCUCAGGACGAGCUGGAUCCAAUGCUCAUGCCCUUGCUGAAUUUUGGCUGUGGGAUCUUUGCGGGAAUCUUGGCCUCGCUGGCAACGCAGCCUGCUGAUGUCAUCAAAACACACAUGCAGCUAUCCCCACAGAAGUACCGCAGGACAAGCCAGGCCAUUGCCUUCAUCUACAAGGACUUUGGGUUGGCAGGCUUUUUCCGAGGCGGUGUACCCCGUGCCCUCAGACGCACUCUCAUGGCAGCAAUGGCAUGGACGGUGUAUGAACAGAUGAUGGAAAAAAUGGGCUUGAAAUCUUGACUCUCUUGCACAAGAAGUGACCAGCUUCACUCCUGCUGCUGCUUGCUGUGGUCAACUGGCACUAGGAACUUCCCAGUUCCACAGAGGUAUAAGCUUUGCUCAGCCAGGAGGAAGAAAGUCCUGAUACAGGGGAUUAGGCCUUUUGGCAACUAGAGGAAAGGAAGGGUUGGAUCUUUGUGUCACUAGAUCAGUCCAUUCCAGAAGGACUUCACUUGCAGACUGCCAUGGGCAAUGGCAGGGUUUCUACAGCCUGGUAACUAUGCUAAGAAGCCCCUUUUACAAAUAGCUGUGUUCCCCACCUUUAUUCAGUGAGAUGUUGCUGAGUCAAAAGCAUUUGAGGCGAAAACAGUGGUUGAAGAACCUGCCAGCCUGAUCCUUGCUGGUCUGGCCAGGAAGACCACAAUGACCCACUGUGUGAUGUAGAACCUCCUUCCUGCUAUGGUUUGUUCUGUAGAUCCUCCUUCCUCAUAUGCUUUGUUCUCACAGGGGAGCGUUGCAGACCAUGGUGGGAAACUGGAUGUCUCUUACUGUGUAUAUCACAGGAGUGGGUGGAAGAGAAAUGCAGUGCUGAAGGAAAGCCAGGAACAUUGUUUCUGUCAUCACUUUGUGCUGUGUAUGGUAGCAGAGAAGGUAACUGGUACCUCCUUGCUGUGUCAUGUGUUAUCAUGUAAUUAAGCAUCUUAACAUUCUUGAAAUGUGCUUCUGCCUCUACAGCAGUGUUUGCACAGGAAUUAAGAAGCAUAAGGCACUUUAAAAUUGAUUGCUACCAAAGUUGUACUUCUUCCCUGAGAAACGUUUUUCCUGCUGGUUUCACAAUAUCAGGAAUGCUCAAGUAUUACAUUUUUUAUCCAGUUGUACUAGAGAUUUAUUUGCUUCCUACUAUCCAUUUGUUAAUCCCUGAUCAACACCCUAAGUGUGAGCUGGUCCUUAGGUGUAGCUUUUAGGGUCAUAGCUCAUAGUGCAUAAAUGUAUAAUGGAAGUAGAUAUAGAUACUGACACUUUAGAUUUCCCUUAAAAUCUGCUGCUGAUUGCAUGUGGAAUAUGUUUGGGUUUGGAAAGAAAAGGCUGGUCUUUUCUGUUUGAAGAAGGUUGAAACAUGAGUGUUUGGUAGGGAACUUGAAUUCUCUUUGGGCUCCACACAGACCCUUCUCAGUUUCCUGACUUAUCAUUUUCUCUUAGCAGGAUGCCCACAGUUCAGAAUUCCUGAGUUUAAGCUUAGAUAAAUACAUUUCUUUUCAUCCACUGUGCCUUCUUCCUCAUUCCUACUUUGUUAAGGCAGACCUCAGAGCGUGUGCUGUCCAAACUUGGGUACAGCCUGCUCCCCUCUUCACUUGUGCCUCUGCUGGCUGGCUGGGUUGGAAUUGUUGCAGCUCUGUUGGCAUUGCCAAGCUGGGCAUGGAAGUGUGCAUCUUCUUCUGUAGUGUGCCUUGCAGAAAACAUAGCUUUGGCUCUUCUUAAAUAUCUAGGGAUAUUACAAAUCACUUUAGAAACAGAGCAGAUGUCUCUAAACAUAAAGACAUGGCACUGUAGCUGUACAAACAACCAGUACUACCUACCUGUUUGUAGUUCAGAGUGGAAUUUGCACAAUCACUGCCUGCCCUGGCAACCUCCUGAGCACAAGAGUAGAGGGGAUUUGGGUUGUAAAAGAUGUUCUUUACCAGACUCCUACUUCAAGAAGGUUUGAUGACUGACGUGAAAGUUAAGUGUGAGUAAAGUGUAAGGUGGCGGGCUGGAGGCUUGGGAAGUGCUGCCUGUUUUCAGCCUCAGCCUGUCUGUGAGGGGACAGUGGUGCUACACAGUUCAGGAGUCUCCAAGAAUGGUGGUGAAGGGUCCUGUGUGUGCAUAUCUACCUGUUAAUAGAGCACUCCAUGAGAUCAUUCCCUGUUGUGACUGACAAGCUGUCAGAUUCCCUCUGCUGUUUCUCACUGUCAGGCAUGUGGGCACAUAAUUGGCCAAAUCCUAAGUAUGAAGAACUGUUCCUUUCUUUUGCUUCCCCUCCUACCCUUAGUGACUUGAACUUGUGAGAGUACAUGAGACAGUGCUAACUGCACACCCUGCUGGUAGUUAUCCUGAGCCAGGUGGUAAAUCUUGAAUUAAGUAACAUCCUCAUCAGAAACCUGAAAUGCAGGGAUACUUCAGUGGCUUUUAUGCCCUGUACUCCUGCCUGGUCCAGUUACAAAGGAAGAACUAGAGAAUUUAUUCCCAUGUGCCAGUGUUUUUAAGUCCACUGAUGCUAUUUUUUAGGUCUAAAGCAGUGUUAGCUUUUGUUUUGGGAAAGUUCUUCCAUUCCUUUUACUUUGUGGAGAAUGAGGAGGCUCUUUGUUGUUACGGCAGAGUGAAAAGGGCAGGCUUUUUGACUUGUGAAUUAGCCUGGGCUCCUUUGAGUUUAAGAAACAGAGAAUCUAAACUGCACCAGCCUUUGCAAUUCCAAAAACUUCUGCACAUGUGAGCUGGGGAGAGUGAGUUUUGUGGUGUGAGUUUUAUUUAUUACUUCCUUUGUGAGGUCUCAUACAUGGGGGAAAGGAAAGCCUGAAGUGCUGUUUCACUGACUCCUGAAAGCUGUAUCACAUAGGCAGGCACAAGACUUUCUCAGCUCUGAUCCUUAGCAUACUUCACCCUUUUGCCCUCUUCAAAACCAUUUUGUUUCUGAAGUGAUUUAUUGUGUUUCUUAAUAGCUGUAGGAAGUCAAGAAAGACAAAUGUGUGGAUUUGAAGCUUAGAUAGAUUACCCCUGAGGUUGUGUGCUUCUAAUCAACAACAAAUGGCCACUGUACAGCCUAAAUGCAAAGUAAAUCAACUAAAAGAUCCAGAUACAGGUGUUUAAUCACAUACCUGCAUCAUGACAGCAAUUCAACACUAAUGAUCCUAUCAGAUAAUCACUUCCAAAGCCAUUUUAGCUUGAUGCCAGGGAAGGUGGUGUGAUGCCUUCUAUAUGUGGCAGGAUGCAAUCAUAUUCCUCAGAAUGACCUCAGGUACGUAUUAGUGAACAUGCAUUGGCUUUGCUUGCCCUGUGCAGCUGUGGUGUAAGAACACAGCUGGUUAACAUAUUGAGGCAGUCAGUAUUUGAAUUGUAAGGUCACAAGAGAAAUAAUCUGGUUAUUUAUGGUUUAGAAACUUCACAUUUCCAUUCUUCCUGUGUGAGUAUUCCCCCUGAACUGUUUAAACAGAACUGGAGCUUUGGAACAUGGCAUAGGUUUGAGUAUUGUGAGUGUUUAUGUGUCUAUAUAAAAUAUUUAUGUGAGAAGGUGUAUUAUAUAUUUCUAUUAAAAACUGGUUGCCAAAAUGAA